GGACGUGUGUGCGGCGCGGGCCGCCUUGGUUACCGCGUUCUCCGCCCCUCGCUACGUCAUCGCUCUGAGCCCGGGAUCCGCUGCCCGCGCGGGCGCCGCCCGAGACCGUGGGGCCCCGGUUGCCGCCCCCUCAGGAGCCACCAUGUUGGUGAUACCCCCCGGACUGAGCGAGGAGGAGGAGGCUCUGCAGAAGAAAUUCAACAAACUCAAGAAAAAGAAAAAGGCAUUGCUGGCUCUGAAGAAGCAAAGUAGCAGCAGCACAGCCAGCCAAGGCGGUGUCAAACGCUCACUGUCAGAGCAGCCUGUGGUGGACACAGCCACGGCAACAGAGCAGGCAAAGCAGCUGGUGAAGUCAGGAGCCAUCAGUGCCAUCAAGGCCGAGACCAAGAACUCAGGCUUCAAGCGUUCUCGGACCCUAGAGGGGAAGUUAAAGGACCCUGAGAAGGGGCCGGUCCCCACUUUCCAACCGUUCCAGAGGAGCGUAUCUGCUGACGACGACCUGCAGGAGUCGUCCAGACGUCCACAAAGGAAAUCUCUGUAUGAGAGCUUCGUGUCUUCUAGUGAUCGGCUUCGGGAACUGGGGCCAGAUGGGGAAGAGGCAGAGGGCCCAGGAGCUGGUGAUGGCCCCCCUCGAAGCUUCGACUGGGGCUACGAAGAACGUGGUGGUGCCCGUUCCUCAGCCUCCCCUCCCCGAAGCCGCAGCCGGGACCGCAGUCGUGAGCGGAACCGAGACAGAGACCGAGAUCGGGAUCGAGAGCGAGACCGGGAGCGGGACCGAGACCGUGAUCGAGAGCGGGACAGGGACCGAGAGCGGGACAGGGACCGGGACCGGGAGCGCGACCGAGAGGGCCCUUUCCGCAGAUCAGACUCGUUCCCUGAACGCCGGGCACCUCGGAAGGGAAACACUCUCUAUGUGUAUGGAGAAGACAUGACACCCACCCUCCUCCGUGGGGCCUUCUCUCCCUUUGGAAACAUCAUUGACCUCUCCAUGGACCCACCCAGAAACUGUGCCUUCGUCACCUAUGAAAAGAUGGAGUCAGCAGAUCAGGCCGUUGCUGAGGAUGACAGCUCCUGGAAACCUUCUUUUGGCUUGUCUAUAAUGUUUGCCCCCAUCCUCUGCCCACUCCCUCUUCUGCCCCAGCUCAACGGGACCCAAGUGGAGUCUGUACAGCUCAAAGUCAGCAUUGCCCGAAAACAGCCCAUGCUGGAUGCCGCCACGGGCAAGUCUGUCUGGGGCUCCCUGGCUGUCCAGAAUAGCCCUAAGGGCUGCCACCGGGACAAGAGGACUCAGAUUGUCUACAGCGACGAUGUCUACAAGGAAAACCUUGUGGACGGCUUCUAGGGAAUGGAGCUGGAUUCCGUGUGCCUCGUCUGCCCCAAUGCUGGUCUCAGUAAAACACUGAGGUGGAAGCUCACCCAUCUCCCUCAGCCUCUGGUUUUUCAGCACUUGGGAUUGGGGUUGAGCCUUUAAAAACGGCUAUUAGAUGUGAUCUCAGUUGUAACCACAUGACUAGUGCACGCUCCCCACUCCUUUACCCCAAAAGGAUCUUGAACACA